UAUACGUAUUAGUUUAAAAAUAAUGUUUUACCUUAAAGCGACAAACUAUUUUAAGCCCAGAUAAAAAUGGGACUACAUCAACUUGUAAAUUAUUUGUUCAUUGUUUAUGUAUCACAAGCUGCUGUUAAUUGCUUCGCAGUCGAUUUAAGGGAUAGAAAUUCUAGAAGAUUACAAUUACCAGGAUCACGAGAUGUUCAGCGUUCAUUUUCUAAUACUUACAGCAACACAUCACAACAACCCUUUUAUUGGGAACGAAAACAUGAAACCAGUAAAAAGAAUCACAAAGAAAGCGACUAUCUAUGGCGAAACGCAAAAACUGUUACAAAAAGAAAGACCUCCACUACCCGUUCUAAAAGAACAUAUUAUAUUGCUUUGGUAUCCCGUCACAAGUAUGUGAGUAUAUCAUCUACUCCGAGUAAUAUAGAAUUUGAUUAUUUAGACGAGGAUCAGUACUAUACCAAGAAUACCAGUUUGAAAAGUUUACACAGAGUUGACUCUAAUAACAGAGGCGCUAUUGUAGAUGAAUUCAAUACUAGGAUGCCUUCCGAUUUGCACUCUUCUAUGUCAUUUGACAUUAAUGAUCCAUACGAUAUAGAGGUAUUGUUACCCGUAUCCAAACCUCCGAAAAUUGUAGAGUCUGCCUUAUUUCCCCACCGCCAAGCUUUCAACAAGUUUAAAAUGAAAGUGGAUAAAAUUAAGAAUAACAUCAGAGCAAGCGAUUUAAUUAGCAAUGAAGCCUAUUUGAGAGAAAAGCUUGUUACGGUAAAAGUAUCUCCGAAAGAUUCUCUAGUGCCAAUGACCACCGUAAAAUCACCGGUACAAUCUACAACGUCUGCAUCAACCACUGCCUUCACAACUCCUUAUGACAGAGUGAAAUUCUUUGAAAUAUACGAUACAAAUACCUUACGACCUUCGAACAAAAGAAUAAAAUUGAAUAAUAACAGUCAAUAUCAGAGUCAGAAAAUACCAGACAUUAUAUCAAUAGCAGAGAAUAUUACAAAUAAAAAAAGCAACGAAGAGAGUAACAUUCCUAGUCAGUUUUGGAGUCUUGAUAACCCGAAAAACGAAAGAUUUGAGAGAAAUUUUAAGAAUUUUAGAAAAAGGUCUUUUAAAUCGGGUGGAGAUUUAAAUAUUUUAUACCAAAUUCCUGAAUAUAAUGUUUCGCAAUUACAUGCCACUUCAAAAACGAUCGUCAUCUCUAAAUCUAAACCUUUAACAAAAACUUCCGUGGCUAAUUGGUCCAGUUAUCCUUUUGCAUCUGCUUACAUCUAUGAACCAACGCAGACAUAUUGCGAUGCAUCAGGUGUAAGUCCGCACUGGCUGCUAGCUGCCGGGUCUUGCCUAUCGCGACACAACUUGGUAUACUCGAUUGACGAGAGGUCGGCGUAUGUGACAUACUGCGGAGAGCAGUGGCGAUCGCCUGAGCGUAUCGCUUAUGUCAAAAGAAUUGUGGUGCAUCCGAAAUUCAACCCAAAGGAUAAAGUUAGAAGACUUCUUUUUAAUAUUGGGUUGAUCCAAGUGUCGAAUUCAAUGUCCACGUCUUGUCCUCGUUGGGCACCAAUCGCAAUGAUGUCACACCAGUUCUUGGCGAGCUCGGCGGGCACUAUGGCCUCUGCAGUAGGCUGGGGCUUAGACAGAUACCGAUCGAAAUAUACGACUGAAAAGUUACCGCACCGGCCGCUUACUGUAUACGAAGCUCUGAUCUAUCACCACACAUGUCCGGGGAGUUCCACGUUUAGCAUGGCGAAACACAUAGCUGACAGUGGCGCCAAUAACGUCUACUGUCUCCUGCUGCCGGAGUACACUGGUAAAGAGAACGACUCUGAGCACGGCGGAAUGUUGCUGGUCGACGGGAAGCUGAUUGCUCUUUAUUUGCAGGAAGAACGUCGUUCCUGGGGCCUCCAGUCAGCGCAGUACACGGGCGUGUGGCGGCUGCUCCCCUGGAUAACAGAGAUAGCUCACGAACCUGACUUCGAGGAUAUCACUUUGGAAGUAUAA